ACUACAGCGCAGCGGCCGCGGCUCUUGAAGAAGUCAGUUGUUCGCGGUGCGUCGCAGUGAUCAAGACGCGCGGGAGCGGAGAAGUGUCGCCUCUCUCAGCAGGGAUGUGGGCUGUGGCGCUGGUUGCGGCCUUCGCCGCUGUGGGCUUGAGCGGGUGCCUGGCCGCCGGCCACCUAUCAUGCGACUGCCGCCUGUGGCACCUGCGGGACACCUCCGUCGCCAUCCACUGCACCAGAGGACAGGAUGGAGCCUCGGGGGUUUCGUGCCAAAAGGCCGAGGUGGUGGAGAUCCCGCGCGGCUACCACCACGUGCCCGGCUAUGGACUCAUCAGGCUGUCCCGCAUCUUCAAGCCGUGGGCGGCAGCCAAGAAGACCUGCGAGGACGAGCGGGCACACCUGGCCGUCCCGACAGGCCACCACGACUACGACGGGCUGAAGCAGAUCUUCGCGAAAGUAAAAGGGGUUUCGUACGCCUACCUUGGAAUCACAGAUCGAGCCAAAGAGGGUGAAUUUGUAGACAUACAUGGUCGUCCCGUGUCGGGUCUGCCAUCACUGCCUAGUCGGCCCCACAGUGACAGUGCAGACGACGAGGACUGCGUCAUCUUGGACAGAGACGGAUUCACGGACGUCGUGUCCUGCCAGAACCCUGCGCCGUUUUUCUGUGAGCGCCCGCUUUUGGUGGGCGUACCAGACAGCUACGUGUGGAUGGAAGACGCCGGCCGCUUCUACAAGGUGCACACGGAGUUGAGGGCCCACGCGCCGGCAGCCAGUGCGUGCCGCUCCGAGAAUGCGACGCUCGCCGUCCCCGACACGUCGCUCCGCGCCGAGGCAGUGCUGAGCCUCUUACAGCCGAAAAUCCAACUCUACCUGAUGGGCUUCACAUAUAAAGCCAUCGAAGGUGACUUCAUUACUGAAACAGGCAGGCACUUAAAAGACAUGGAAUUUCAAGUGUGGAAGGAUGGCGAACCAAAAACCAAGACCCGAGAGGACUCCGAGGACUGCCUGGCGCUGUCGGACAGGGGCUUCUACGACGACGUAAGCUGCGACCUGGAACUGCCCUUCGUCUGUGAGAUAGUGCCCAUAAACCACCUAGCUGCCACACACAGCGAGGCCAACGCUGUCACUCGCCCAGACACUGCCGCCUGCCACAUUCCUCCACCUGGCGACCCCACCGUCUCUCUCAUGCGGAGCCUCUCUGCAGAGGUGAAGGGGAGGAGGCUGAUCCAGGCAGCUAAAGAGGGGGCAGUCAGCGAGCUGCAGAGUUUGCUGGCAGCUGGUGCUGAUUUGGAGGCGAGGGACGACGACAAUUUCAGGAAAACUGCCCUGAUCUGGGCAGCAGAGAAAGGGCACGUGGCGGUUGCGAGGUGUCUCCUGAGGGCCGGAGCGGAGGUCGACGCCAGGGACGGCGCCUAUCAGGCCACGCCCCUGCACUGGGCUGCGAGGGAGGGCAACGCGGCCGUGGCACGGCAGCUGCUCGAGGCCAGGGCAGACGCCAACGCCAGGAACGACAUUCGGAGCACGCCGCUGCUCCUGGCAGCAGAGCACGGCCACCUGGCUCUGGUGCGGCUGCUGCUGGCGCACUCCUCCUACCACAGUGCGAAGAACCGGUACGGCUGGACACCACUGCACUUCGCGGCGCGGAAUGGCCAUGCAGAGAUGGCAAGUACGCUGCUGGAAGCAGGGGCCGACAAGGGAGCCAGAAAUGACAACGGGAAAACGCCGCUGGACCUCGCCAGGGAGAACAGCCAGCAGCAGAUUAUCGCUCUGUUAAGCUGAUGUCCGACAGACAUCUGUGGACUCAAAUGAAAGGAGCUUCCUUACAUGUUUUUCAGUAUUUUUCAAAUAAAUGAUAUGAAAAUGUUAA